UGUACUGUGAGUUGGUGCAAUAGAAGAAGAAGCAACACGUGAAAUCGUAUUGACGUUUGAUUUGUUUAUAAUGAAAAAUUAUAUGUAGAAAUAAUAAAAUUGAAAAAUAAUGGCAAAAAAAGAAACAAAAUCCGAGCAUACUCUUAACGGGGCACAGCAUAAAUCGAAAGCAAAAAAGCGAAAACAUGUGUCAAAAGAAAAUGAGGAGGAAGUGGCGAGCAAAAGCCUUAUCGUGGAAUCAACGGAGUGCGCUGCCGUUGGUGAAGCUCCGGCUAAAACGCUGAAGCGGAAGAAUAAAGAGAAAGACGUCAUUAAACAGAAACGUAGCAAGCACACAAAUGAUGGCCAAGAUGACGCAACUGUGGACGAGCCUGUUGAAGAGGAAAUGCAGGAACCUACAUUGGAAGAGUUGUGCGAAAGUGAAAAACCAGAAAAUGUGAUUGCCGUCGUAACAGUAAGACAAAAGAAAAAGAAGAGGCAUGAGCAACGUCUGCAGGCGACCAAGGAACAAACAAUAAGCAAAGAACGUUACCGUAAUGAAGAAUACCUACGUAAGUGGAAGAAUGCGCGUGCCGAGUGGAAAUUCGAAAAAUUACGACAAAUUUCCAUACAGCGAACUGUAUUUGAAGAGGAAAAAAUUAGCGCAGAGAUGUGGCCAAUUGCACUGGAGUACUUGUCAAGCUCGAAAGGGGCAGCUAAGGCACAAGUAAUUAAAUUAGCCGAAGAAUGCAUUGAUGAACUCGACAAACAAUGCGCACAACCAAAUAGCAGCGAGGAAGAACGAAAAGCUGUUAUUGAUUCGUCGCGCUAUCAGCGGGCACGUGAUUUGUUGCAAAGCUUCGACUAAGCAAUUAGGGCGACGGGUGCAGCACAAAAUUCAGCAACGCGAAAUUGUCAACGAUUGCUUUGUAUACAUAGUAUAGACGUAGUUCUAAAAAUUUUAGUUAGCAAACGUUUAAAAGAAACAUUGGGUAUAUCAAAAGUGACUCAGGCUAGUUGCCUUUGAUGCUAAGUCUUACGUUUAUUUUAUUUACAUACAUUAAAUUUAUAUAAAAAGAAAAAUUACAAGUCUACAUAGGCUAGUAUAUUGUCGACAUAA